ACCUUCAAAAUUUUAAAUAUUAAUUAUUUUGCUUAUCGAAUGGUAUUAAUUAUGUUGAGUACUGCAUCAACGCUACAUUAAGCACUUUUUAAGAAUCUUAUAUGAAUUGAAAAGAGCGAAAGCAAAAUAAAAUUUUUUUAGAGAAAAGAACUGUUUUGUUAGAUCUUCAAAAUUUUACUUGUCUUGUUGUUGUUUUAAAUUUAAAGAUGUGUGAGCAUAGUGUAUAUUGUUGUGACCACUAGGUAACAAGAAGAAGAAGCAUUCAGUUUGAAUUGUCAAAUUGUUACAGAAACAUAAAAAUGAAUACCAAGUCGAAAUCUUGCUUAAUUGAUGAAAUGCUAACUGAAUUGGCAAUUAGUCGGCAAUCUAUGUCUCAUCAGUCGAAUGUAAUUUCAGACAUCAUUGAUAAGUCAAAUAAUAUAAUGCUUCAAAUUGAAUCUACGCGCGUUAGCACAAAUAGUGCUAACACUACUACAGAUAACUCCACAAAUAAAACAUUUCGUUGUAAAAGGGAAAUAGUACAGAUUUUGGCUAAAAUAAUUGAAAAUUCACCACAGAUGUUUAGCGCCAAUAUGCAGACUCUCGCAGCCAGCUUGAAUCAAAACGGUGACCAGUUUGAACAAUAUCUAGAACAGAGCCAUCAACGUGCCGAGUAUUUAAGUAGCUGCGUUAGAAAAUUGCUAGCUGUGGGCGAUACACUAACGCAAAUAAAAACUGUUCUACAUGAGGCUGAUGACAUUAAUAAUUCUGAAGUAUAUGAACCAUCGAGUGAAUAAUUUUUGUUAUUAAGAAAGUCGAUUAUCAAUCAUUUCUAUAUAUUUUAUAUUUUAAAAUGUUUUACAUGCUGGAAACUGUGUUUAAUAAAUAGGUGAUUAAAUUCAUAAAA